AACAGAAUCAUGAUAGGCCGCCGGCUAUUUAACAUCAAAUCCCUUCCCAGGUUAUCCGAUGCAUGUGCAGUGUAUGUCACUGGGUACCUGCAGGGGUCAGAGCGGCCACCCAGACCUCUUUUCAGGGUCUACCUGAGAACACCCACUGACUGUCACCUGUAUUUACCUUGACCACACCCCAUUUCUAUUAUCUUCCACCGCCAGCCUCAGGAGGAGCACUCAGAUUUCUAAUCCCCACCCAAUAUUGUUGCAAUACCCUUUUGAUGCGUAUGGAGAGAACUAUUGUGUACUCGCUUUGUCAACCUAACUAGCUGGAGAUCCAGUCUGUGUGUUUUUGAGUGCCUUUUUACGCAAGGUCAGACAAGGGAGACUUCGGAAAACAACUUUAAAGGUAUUUUACUUUGGAUACGCACACGCACAAAGAUUAAAAUGGGCUGCUUCACCUUCGUCAAAGUGAUGAUGGUCGUCUUCAACUUGCUUAUCUCGCUGAGUGGCCUGACCUUACUGGCGAUGGGAAUCUGGGCCAGUGUGGACGCGACGUCCUAUCUUCAGCUUCUGGGACCUUUCUCCAGCAAAGGCAUGCAGCAUAUCAACGUUGCCUGCUGCUGCCUUGCCUUUGGGGCCGCACUUUUCCUGCUGGGACUCGUAGGCUGCUGCGGAGCCCAGAAGGAGAGCAAAUGUCUGCUGCUCACAUUCUUCUCCAUCAUCCUCAUCAUUUUCAUUGCUGAAGUGGCAGCCGCCGUUGUAGCACUGGCCUAUUCGUCAUUUGCCGAGGGGAUCCUCCGAGCGUGGGCUACUCCUGCUUUACAGAAGGAUUACGGUAGUGAUCCUGCGGUCACCGACAUCUGGAACACCACCAUGACCGAGAUGGAGUGCUGUGGUUUCACCAAUUACACAGACUUUGUGGGCUCCAAUUUUGAAAAGGAGAAUGGAGGCUUACCACAGAGCUGCUGCCUCGCUAACCUUCUCCCCUGCAGCCCAGAGGCAGCAUAUCAAAGCUCUGUUCAGGGCUGUUUUGAACAAAUGCUGGAGUCUCUUAAGGAGCAUGCAAACAUUGUGGGAGGCAUUGCAGCAGGAGUUGGUGUCCUCGAGAUUUCGGCCAUGAUUGUGUCAAUGUACUUGUACUGUCACCUGGACAAAAGAGUCAGCUGAGAUGGCAGCAGAAUAAACAUCGUACAUCACUCUGGAUUUAUUCAAUAUUGACACCCUCUUCCAAAGAUAUGAAUAUUUCUACAGUAGGCUGACAAAAUCUCAACCAAAAAAUAUCUAUCUGUGUUACAAUGCACCUAAAAUGAUGAACUGUUAAACGUAAGUCAUUAUCAUUUAUCAGUUUCAUUUAGCAAUGUAAUAUUUGUGUUCUUGUGUAUUACUCUUAGCACUUCUCAUCUUCAGGUAAACAUCCACGAUGUGUCGUUGCAAUGUCGUUUUACAACUGG